AUGGGCGUUGGCGUUCUGAAAACCUAUAGGGACCUGCUUCCGGUUACUGAUGCCACGCCCAUGAUUACCUUGGGCGAGGGUGAUACGCCCUUGGUGAAGUCCAACCGGAUGGCUGCAGAGCUGAACUGUCCUGAACUGUACUUCAAGCUGGAGGGAUGCAAUCCCACAGGCUCGUUCAAGGACAGGGGGAUGGUGGUGGCAAUCGCCAAGGCCCUGGAAGAAGGGAGCCGCGCCAUCAUGUGCGCCUCUACCGGCAAUACCAGUGCUUCCGCUGCCGCCUUUGGCGCCUACAGCGGGCUGCCCGCAUUGGUAAUAAUCCCUCGCGGUGAAGUGGCGAUGGGCAAGCUGGCCCAGGCCAUGGCAUACGGGGCCAAGAUCAUCAUGGUCAAUGGCAAUUUCGACACGGCCCUGGACUUGGUUCGCACCUUUACCAGCAAGCAUGAGGUCACGCUGGUCAACUCGGUGAACCCUACGGCUCUGGAGGGGACAGCGAAGACCGCAAGCAAUCGAGAUGUAGACUCCCUGGGGGAUGCCCCGGACUAUCUUUUCAUCCCGGUGGGGAACGCAGGAAACAUCACGGCCUACUGCGUCGGAAUACCACGAACGGUGGCGCAGCGACACUGCGAAAAGCGAAGAUGA